CGUUCGACGACGGCCACCACCGCGUACUGUUGUACUUGCAUUGUCCGUUCGUGUCGCUUCAACCUGAUUGGAGCUACUUGCUCACUUCGAAUCCCCCCCCUAACAACUUGAAAACGUCCACGGCAUUCUACGUUCGGCCCACCAAGAAACAAUCAUUGACACGACACUCGUUCACCCACGUCCUCGCUUCGGUGACCAACCCACAUUGCCCCGCAUGAGACAUCGCGACUGCGAGAUACGCAUAACAUGCGACGGUGAAGCGCUCGACGAGCACAAUGUCCAAUUAGUAGACAAUACUGUUGAAUGUUACGUGGCCAGCGAAGCUGGUAAGAUCUUCGAAAUCAUAUGCAGCAACCACUCCUCGUCACGAACGUCAUCGCAUGCUAUGGUUGAUGGUCGGGAAUUUCCAAGAAGGUGGACCCUCGCUCCGCAGUCAAAGGAUGUGACAUUUCUCUGCGAAGAUGGCAUCGACGGAUUCAAGCCGCUAAUGUUCUCAAUGAUUUCAGUCACAGAUGACGAGAGCGCUGCGAGAGAACUACCAUGGGCAAACGAUCUGGGUCUCGUCCAAAUAAAGGUAGUCCGUGCGGAGGUGGUAGGCGCAGUGCCCUGGUCGCCGCCUUCCAUUGCACAAGCACAAAACUUUGGGCACAUUCAUGAGACUGUGAAGAAGGGUGGGUUGCACUGUGUUUCUUUUGGUCCAAAAACACUGAUGCCGGAUGCCAAGAAGCAACUUACACGAAUCAACUGCAUUGAUGACUGGUCUACGCCGUAUGUUACAUUCAAAUUCAGGUACAGGCCCCUGGACAUUCUACAAGCGCAAGGCAUCGUAGAGCCGCCUCAACCAGUGCUCAAUGACGAACCUGGCAACCCGUCCGCCUCGCGAGACACUUCUCCGGUAACGCGCACACGGAGACGAGAAGACGAGCCCGCUCAACCUGGCUCGGUUCGGCCACAGAAACGACAACGGCAAGCGGACGGCUCAUCGUCCGUGCUCGCAGACUCCCUUGCGGACGAACUGGAAGACGAGAGGUCGUCAAUGGUUAAGGACGAAGAUGACGAGAGCGCGGAUGACCUAGAUACGCUCGAGGCUCAAAUGCAAGCUAUUCGGCGGAGAAUCGACAGCGCAAGGACGAAGAAGAUUCGCGGCAGUGGCCAGCGUCGCAUCGUCAAGAGGGAGCCAUCCCCCAUUCAGGUCGGCGGAUUCAAUGGCGGCGUCAUAGACCUGACGGACGACUGAAGCCUGCGUUGCGUGCGCGGAGUAUUACCGCGCCUCGAAUACGCCCGAGUUCGCUGAUCUAUGAACGCGGCUCGCUGAUCGUUCAUUUAUCUUGUUUCGCAAUGGACUCCUUGAUAGUGUAUAUACUAUGAAUUAAUGUAGUAAACCGACACAGUAAGGUUCUGUACAUAGCACGGAUAAUUCUCCUAGGGUACCUCUGUCUAAUCAGGCCAUGUUCAGUCGGGUUACGUCGGUACAGCCGUAUCUUCAUUGCAUCCCCGAGGGACCGUAGUGACCCAGCUCGUCCUUUUGUCCGUGUCUCGCGCGAUCAUCGCUUCCAUAAUUGUUAUACCUGAUCGUGACUGUAGUCUCUGUGGUAAACUUGGGCUUUGAUAUAAACGACGAGGCGUGCUAGGUCCUAG